AUGCUGACCAAAAUCGUAAUUGUAUGUUUGGGGCUUUUGUCCGUGGGCCGAGCUUGCGACAAUAAUAACUUGCAGCCUUUGGAAACGGCCAAGGCGUCGGCGAAAUGGAUGCAAGAUGGCUUCAAAAUGUCCAUGUUUGGUAACCCGGACAAAUACAUACCGCAUUCGAUGUACAUUGGUAAGUACCACGUAUUACAGAUGUGA